AUGUUGCGAAACAUGCAUCAAAAUAACGGCUUUCAAAGUAAAAGUGAUUUUUUCUUUUUCAACAGAUGGAUUUUAAAAAUUGCUGGAUUGUGGUUACCUGAAAAUAAAACCUGGUAUGUUCAGCUUAUUUACAAGAUAUAUGCUUUGACUAUAUUCAUAUCAAUUUACUGUUUCUUCGUGAUGACCCAGUUUAUAUCUCUACUUGAUACAUAUAGUGACUUGAACGAUUUAAUAAAGAACUUAAGCUUUUGUUUAACCGAUUUAUUGACCUCAGGAAAAGUUGUAUUUUGGUAUUUCAACAUAAGAAAAUUGCAAAGUAUUAUACAAAGAUUGGAUGACGAUCUAUUAAAGUAUGAAAGGUGUGAAGAUUUUGACCCGGAGGAGGUAUUUUACAACUACAAAAUGAUCGGGGUUAAAGCAACAGGGACUUUUAUGGGCCUUGGUAUAUUGACUUAUUUCGCUUCGGUUGUACCUCCGAUAUUAUCGGCUCUAAAAGUACUAAUCACAAAUGGUGAAUUUGAACCUCAACCGCUAAUAUAUUAUGCCUGGACCCCUUUUAAUUACGACACCCCUAAAAUGUAUUUGAUAGCAAUAAUUUAUCAGGGAAUCUGCAUGAUGUCAAAACUUUACAAUAUUGUUGGGCUGGAUACGUUCAUAAUGAACCUCAUGAAUUUCAUUGCUUAUCAUUUUACUUUGAUUCAACAAGCCUUUUUAACAAUUACUGAAAGAAAGCUACAAAGGCGGGUUUAUUUAAAAAAUUUAACUCCUGAAGAACAUAAAAUUAUGGACAAAGAGAUGAAGGAAAUGUGCAAACUAGUACAAAAAAUAUUAGGGCCGAUCAAUUGUCCAUGUAAACAAUUCAAAGAUAGUAUGAUUUUAACUUUGCUUAUCCUGAAAAAACCGAUUUAUUUCACCAUUGGCAAUUUUGGAGCUUUAACUCUUUCAACUUUUGUGAAUAUUGCCAAGACAUCCUAUUCGUUUUGUGCAUUAAUUCAACAAAAAAGUGAAUGA